UCUCCCAUGGUGCACCGCAGUGUUGUGGUCCUGCUCGGCUCGGCACGGUCCGGUCCGAUCCGGGAUGGCGGCUCCGGUCUGCGUCCUCCACAGAACCCUGAUCCGGUCCCGGGGAGCCCUGAACCAGGCGUCCUGUCCGUCCGUCUGCAGAGACCUGCUGUAUGUGGUGGACGUCCACCGUUACACCAGAGACCCAGGAUUCUCCAUCUACUUCCCCCACAGCGUCCUGCACGGGGCGGACCUGUAUGAUGUCAUCCUGACUGACGGCCACUGCAGACUCCAGGUGACUGUGGAUCCGCCUCUGAGGCGUCUGGUGGAGACCAACGUCCUGCGGCGAGGAGUGGCGCUCAGACACGCCUCCUUCAGCCCCGCCCUCACCGCUCAGCUCCCACAAUCCUCUGGGGCGUCAGAGGACGGCGCAGACAGUUACAGACUGGUCAGCGCAGAGGUCAUAGGUCAGGACGAAGAGGACGACCAGGGGGGCGGAGUCAGCCAAGUGGACGACUGGACGUCUCUGCCCUGGUUCAGAACCAUGGACAGCACAGGUCAUGUGCUUCCUCUCAGAGCCAAUCGAACGGUGUUUCUUCCUCUGUGGAACAACACAGACUUCAUAGGGGCGGGCUGGAGGGAAGCUCCGCCCACUGAUGAUGAUGAUGAUGAUGAUGCGGAUGCAGAGGAGGCUGAAGUGCGUCGUGCGUCCGUCACCGUGGCGGAGCUUCGGACCGCCUUCCUGUCGGGUCAUCGCAGCGUCACCGGAGGAGUCGUACGCAAGCAGCUGAUUGGACGAAUCGUCAACAAGUCCCGCCUCAUGUACUAUGGGAGACAAGACCAGAACUGUGAGUGUCCAUAUAAGGUUGAACUGGACCUGGUUGAUCCCUCUGGUCUGGUCUGUGUUGUUUUAUGGAACAGUGUUUGUUUGAACUGGUAUCGACGUCUGAAACCUGGUGAUGUCAUCAGUCUGAGCCGGUUCAAGGUCAAACAGAACUACAGGUCCAACACGCAUGACAUAGAGGUCAGUGUGAACAGCAGGAACCCCAGGGCUCAGAUCUGUGUUCUCCCAGAAUCCUCUGUUCUUCCAGAAGAUCUGCCUCCUGCACCUGAGUUCACCUUCUACAACAGUCUGCAGCUCUUGGACCGCCCCCACGGUGUCAUCUGUGAUGUCAUUGGUUUACUGACGUUCUCAGGACGUCCAGAGCGAAUCAGGACUAAAGACGCUCAUGGGGUGGAGUUUUUUUUGGAGUACCGUUGGCUCCGAUUGGAGGACGGCAGCAGCGAUUAUCCAGUCAUGGUGAAGCUCUUCUCGACGUCUCAACCUGACGUUCAGCGUCAGCUCCACCCAUUGUCUGUGGUGGUCUGCAGCCGAGUGAAGGUGAUCAGAGUGGACCAGCACCAGUACCUGAGGAACACCACCUACACACAGGUCUACUGCACAGGUCAGGGCCACCACUCAGUGAUGGGUUAUCGUAAGCUCCACCCAGUCCGAGACUUCAUCCGGUGGCUGCGGAGUCAGGAUGACAGACAGGUGCAGAGCAGGGCUCUGGUUGGAGGAUUCUUUGUGUACCCGCCCCCUCCCGUUUCCUUGGAGACGUUCAUGAAACAUCACAGAGGUUCUCCAGGUUUCCUGCAGGGGGCGGAGCUUCAGGCAGAGAUAGAAAGACUCUGUUAUCGAGAGCGACGAACCUUCUGUAUCCAGGCAACGGUUACCAUGGUUACACACUGCCGCGCAGGACAGGAGGACCGCUGUCUCUUCUGGACCUUCAGACCGUCCCCCGUCCCCUGGUCCUCCUCUGGUCCUGGUUUCUCUAAACCCUCCCCCUCCCUGUCCUCCUCCUCCUCUGUCCUUCCUCCUCUCCUCUCCUCCUCUUCCUCCCCUUUACCUCCGGCCUCUCCGUCGUCAACUGUCAAUCAGCUGACGCCCCGCCCCCUGGACCGCAGAUCAGGGAGAUGUGUGAAGAGGAGGCUGUCCUUCGAAAGUCCAAGGAAGAGACGUCCACGGGUCACAGUGGAACCGGACCAGAACAAGGACACAGUCAUUCUGUUUCAGGCCUCCAUGGAGUUUCUGGAAAACGCUGACGACACUGACGAAGACCACGCCCAUGACAGCGACAACUCGUCUUUCGUGACCGCCCCCCUUCUCCCCACCUUCCCUCCGGUUGCCAUGGAGACGUUACCCAUGUAUUAUGACCACGAGCACCGGGAGGAGCAGGCGGUUACCGUGGCGAUGGGAGGGAAGACGUCCAAGAACUUCAACCUGGCCAUUGAAGAAUAUUACACACUGAGAAUUAGAGCUCUUUCAGGUGUGUCCUUUGACGUGGUCUUCCUUCCUGACUCCGCCCCCUCGUUGCUCCAUCAUUCCAACACCUGGAGCUCCAUCCUGUCACACGGAGCCUUCAGCUCACACACACCUGCACCUGCACCAGCUGACCUCAUCGCCAUGGCGCCUCAGCUGACCAAUCAGAGGCUGGUGUGUGUCGUGGAGGCGUGUCAUCUGGGCGGAGCCAGAACUGAACUGGUCCUAGUUCGAGCCUUUCCUCUGUCCGGCUGAGGGGCUGAUGGGAACUGUGGUUUUUUAGGAACCGCUCAUGGAUGCACUUUAUGACAGGAAGAUGAAGCUGAAGCUGAGGAUGAUGGGAGUUGUAGUUCUGGGACCUUAGAACUGAACUACAUGUAAAACCACACCCAGUGUUAGAUAGAAGCCUUUCUAACCUGAGCCAUGAAUGCCUCUGUGCUGAUGGCAUUUGUAGUUUUUUGUUUUUUUUUUUACCUAAAUUGUUUCCUUUGAAGGUAUUUUGUCCAAAAUGACGCUACAUUAGUUCUGUAAAGGUUUAAAGUUCUGUAAAUGCACAGAUUGUGUAGAUUUGUUGUGUGUUUUCCAAACCCAAAGGGAGUUGAACUGUGUUGAAUUAUUAACCGUCUGAGGUGAAUUAACUGCAUGUGUACUGACUUUAGCCGCGCUCAUAUUCUUAUUUCAUCUGCACUUUUAUGUUUUGUUUCUUCAAAAGUUUAUAAGUUGAACAGAAAAAAACCUUCAGUGUCUUUAAGUUUUGUGCCAAAAAGUUUCAUUGUAUUUUGUUUUGCACUCGUUCCAUAUUUAUUUAACACUUUGACACUUUAACCAUUAAUGUGAAACACUCAACAUGUUUUCUUUUUUAAUGUUUUAUUGAUUAUUUUGGAGUUAAAGGUGCUUUAUUUUCUGAAAGUACCAAUAAACUCUGUUGUGGUUUU